AUGGCAUUCUACUUCCAGCCUCCAAUCUUUGGGAACUACAUUGUCCCAGUGGCCCCAAGAGCGGUCCCUUCCACUCUGGUAGUCUCGUUGCCUUAUACAACUUACACGCCCCUGUACUGGCAACCUGCUCCAGUAAUGGUCUCAGCGCAUCAGUAUGUUCUCAAUUCAAACAUCAGGAUCAAGAUCAUAUUUCACCGAGCAGGCACCGUCCUUGCUUCCAACGAUGCUCACUAUAACUACACACCAACUCGCGAAACAGUUUUGGCCAACUUAUCCUGGUGGUCUAAGCAGCACAAUCUUGGGGACAGAGUCUACUCGGGCCAGUGUACUCUAUACACCACGCGUAGUCAAUACUCGAAGCUUGAGAUAGUCCCCGAAGUUGGUCCUAUUACACCGACAGACAAUGUACGAAAGACGUCGUUCGCGGACCAGCUACCUCCCAACGAGUUCCGGUCGAUCAUGGCUCAGAUAGCUUCGAAUAGUUACGGGGCAUUCAUUCUGGUCGACCGUGCUUAUGUGCCUCUUCAAGUUCUGGCCCAGGGGAACACGCAGAAUCCCCCUUCGAAUCAAGCUUCAAGUGAUGUUACGAAUAACAACUCGAAGGACUUGACUAAUGCCCCUCAGACAGCCCCCCCUAGCACCCGUCAGCCCUCACCUGCACCAUCAAGCUCUCAUAAGGAGCCGGUCAACCCUAGCAACAAGGGAUCCGACAAGACAGGAGACGGCAAUGACGAUGACCAAAAGACGUCCAAACCUGAAGACACCAAGCCAGGUUCGCCCAAAGGAGACGCUGUUGAACCGAGGCCUGCAAGUGUUAGCGGCGCCGAACCUGAACAGUCAGAAGAGAGUGAGGGAGGCGUCGCGAAGGGUUGA